GGCGACGGCGAGCAACCGGAGAAGGGCUCCAUCGUGCGCGUCGAGUACACGGGCUGGCUCGCGGCGAGCGACUUCAAGUUCGACUCGUCCGUGGACCGCGGCGUGCCGUUCACCUUCGAGAUCGGCAAGGGCAACGUCAUCCCCGGCUGGGACGAGGGCGUGUCGACGAUGCGCGUCGGCGGCAAGCGCACCAUGCUCAUCCCGUCGCGCCUCGCCUACGGCGAGGAGAACAUCGCCGGCGGCUUGAUUCCGCCGAACAGCGACCUCCGCUUCGAGUGCGAGCUCGUCGAGUGCAAC